CCUUAGUAACCCUAUCAGUUUGUAUGUAUUCUCAACACACUCAUACAUAAUCUGUGGCUGUUUUCUUUUUCUUUAACGAAAUCUUGAAACAUAUUACAUUGUUAAAAUAAAAAGUAAAGGACUAUUUUCAGCAUUUUAUUCUUGAAAAAUUUUGUAGCGCUAUUCUGUUUGUAAGAUAUUGAUAUCAAUUGCAACACAAACUUGCGCGUACAUACAAUGCUGAACUCAAUUCACUUUCAUCCGAUGUGAAAUGCUAUUGAGUUUGGAAAAAAAUAGAUGAGGCUAAACGGAAGCGAAUAUUUAGUUCUUUGUUCACAAUCAGUUUGGAAAUAAAAAAACUUAUUAUUUAUUGAAAGAAUAACAAAAACAAAACAGUAGUUGAGAUAAACAAAGACAUAAUGAAUGUAAUCAUUCGCUUGCAAAAUUUGCCAUGGUCGGCAAAUGCUUUGGACAUUCGUCAAUUCUUCAAUGGUUUAUCAAUUCCGGAUGGUGGUGUUCACAUUGUCGGCGGAGAAAUGGGUGAUGCUUUCAUUGCAUUCAGCACCGAUGAAGACGCCCGACAAGCCAUGAUGCACGACCGUGAAGCUAUAAACGGAGUACAAGUCCGACUAUUAUUGUCGUCUAGAGCAGAAAUGCAAAAGGUCAUAGAAACUGCCAGACAGCAGUCAUUGCGUGCUUUGCAAAACUCGAGUCUUGUUUCUUCUGCUGUGGCUGGAUCCAAAGCAACUACCCCUGUCAUUACUCCAAAAAUGACCACGGCGAGCAAGCCACAGCCACCUGUCAUCACCGCCAAUAGUUUGCAGAGCAUACUUUCAAAUCCGUUGACCGCAGUUAACCCCUCCUUCCUUGCCUAUCAACAGCAAGCCGGCAUAUCUCUAAUAUCAGCUGCCGUUCCUGGCAGAAGUAAUAAUGACGUCGAAGGGGCGGCAUCGCCCAGGCACAACGAAAAUCGGUCUGUGUUAGAAGAUAUAAAACCUCGUUCGAGAUCUCGCUCGCGAUCUUCUGAACGCAAUUCGUUUAGACGACGUCGCGAUCGUAGCAAUGAACGGUUCAGGAAUCGUGAUGAUCGCCAGAGCAGAGACAGAAGCAGAAGUCGCGAUCGGAGUCGUUCGAACAGCCGUGACUGUAGUCGAGACAAAAGUUACGAUUGUGUGUAUGAACGCAUUAAAAAUCCCCAAAAGAGCCACAAGAGUGGCAGCUGCUAUGAUGUAGAUAACAAUAGUGGAAACUCGAAUUCGCUUUCUUCAUGGGGCGCUAAUAGCUCUUAUACGGCUGCAAACACGAAUCAUGGAUAUGACAGAGACAACCCUGUUAGCCACAAAACACCUCCUGUUGCAAAGAGUUUGGAUGCGGGAAAUAGUGCCGCAAAUUCUUUAGCGUCAAUCAACAACUACAGCUUAAGCAACUUCUUGAGUAGCUCCAACGGCAAUAAAGCCUUUGCUUUGCAAAACCCCUACACGGCUGCGCAAAGUACGGAGUCACCUGCGAGUUCUACGAAUAGUUUCACAACUACGAGUAGUUCCGCCAUUCCAGGAAUUUUCGUUGAAAAAAAAUCGGAUGACGUUGUGACCACAACGGAUGUAGUAACGCUAGCACAAGAACCCAUAGUUUUCGCCGACACCAACCCGUAUGAAAAGAUGUACCCCAACUUAUUUGCCCAGGCUGCCGCAAGUAGUAUUGUUAGCGGCCAGAAAACUUUACCCAACAGCAGGAACGUGCAUUCGUCGUCUCCAGUUUCCCCCAGAGAUGAUGACACCCACGCUCGAGAAUCCGAUCCUAGUAAGACAAGGUGUAUUAAAAUCUCAAAUAUGUGCCCGGGGACAACAUACAGUGACAUACGUAAAUUUUGUGUUGGCUUGUAUAUUCCCCACAAUGGAAUAAAAAUGGUGAAUGACGCAUACGGUCUGAGAGUAGGGGUGGCUUAUGUCGAGUUCGCCAAACACGCAUGCGUAGUAAGAGCUUUGUCUCGAAAUAAUCAACUUUUAAGAAACAAGUCAGUUGUCAUAGAAGCUGUGUCGGAAGAGGAGUUUGAAUCAAUCACGGACAACUUCCAUCCAGAUGGACACAAUCGCGACAGACAGCAGGGUGGAGGCAGAAGCGAUUACAAUUCGGAACCACUUGUCCGAGAUAUGGCUUCAAAUGCAUUCAAAAGCCAACCCAACUUGCAACCAUUCAGCGUUCUAUAUAUAGAAGAUAUUCCGGCAUUAACCACUGAACAGGACAUUAUGAAAAUGUUCAGCGCAUUCUCUCUAUAUGACAUUCUCAUGCUUUCAUCUCCUGAAAACCGACGCGAAUUCGUGGCACACGUUCGUUUUUCUCGAGAAGACGAUGCGUUGUCUGCCUUCGAGGACAAAGCUCGUCAUCAGAUCGGCUACCGACGGCUCCGAAUAAGGCCUGGCUCUGUAGAGGAAAUGGAGCGAGCGAAAGAGAAAAUUCGACUAGCGAAUGAACAGCUAAUGAAAGAAGAGCAAGCUGCUGCCGAAGAAGAGAACCGGCGAAGGCAGAAAGAAGAAGCGAUUGCAAAGUCAAAAGAAGUAAUAAGUUUGGAUCUGACGCAAAGUGAUGGGGAGGAGGACGACCAGCCUAAUGCAGGGGACCUGAACUCCAAAAAUUUCAUUAAUAAAACCAAUAAAUUAAUCGAUGAUGUAGUCCGUAGUAAAAACGAGGAGGAAAGAAUAGAAAGCAACUAUGGAAUGUAUAAAGCCUACGACAGAAUGCAGAGCCCGAGUGAUGACGAUUCUCAACAUUACAAUAAUGAUAAUUGUACACCAAACCCUUUCGGUUACGAUAAUUCUGUAAGCUCCAAACCAACCUCUAGAAUUAAAGAUCCACGUUUGCGAAAAGGAUCUAACCACCACACCACAUCUCCUAUUGGCCAAAUGGAUGCCGGAAUGAGCAAUGUGUGUGGACCCACUAAUUUUAAUAAUUUCAAUCCGAACUUUAACGACCAGCAAACACCAACGCCUUCCGCAAAUAGCAUUGAACAAAAUUUUGUAAUACUGAAGAAUUGUCCUUAUGCAACACGUAUCAACGACGUUGCCCAGCUACUACUUACGGCUAACCUGGCUUUAAAACACAUAGAACCCUUGUGUAAUGAUAGACAACUGCCAACCGGGGAAUUUAUCGUAGAGUUUCGUAGAUCACAUGAUGCUGAAAUCGCUGUGAACCGCUUCCAUAACAUUCAAUUUAUGAAUCGAAGUCUGAGAGUGUUUCCCAUUGCUCCGCAAGAAAUUGCUAACCGUUUGAACAAACCUUUCCUGGGCUAUAUUCCUGGGGGAAAUGGUAUAAAAGUCUCCGACCUGAAAAGUCUUGCGGCAGCCAUGAAUGUUAGCCCUGGUAUGAACUCUCGUCUGGAAUGGAGUGGCACGAACAAUAACAGUAAUUUCAACUUUAGAAACAAUUCCAACAACAAUAAUAGAUUUGAAACAAAUGACAUCAACUAUUCGAACAAUAACAACAACCGUGUUGACAUGAAUGAGGCAAUUGGCAGCGAUGGAUUGCCCGAACGAUUUUGUCGUCCCGGAUGUGUCCUAGAAUUGGAAAAUGUCCCAUAUAAAGCACAGCUCUCAGACAUUUUGAAUUUCUUUCAUGGAUUCGAGCUAAAGUCCGAAGAUAUAAUACGUCGUUUCAAUGAUGUGGGUCAGCCGACAGGUGAUGCAAGAGUUGCAUUCGAUUCGCCGGAAGCUGCACGAAAAGCCUUGGAUGCUCGCAAGCGCAAGCAAAUAUUUAACCGAACAAUUUAUAUGAAAAUACUAAAUUAGAAAUGUGACCCACCCGUUGUUUCCUCUGUACAUAAAUAUAUACAUCAAUACCAUAUUAAUAACUUACAUUUUCUGUACAAUUAAAAUAAAAUGCUAUACCAUUUCUACGGUAUAUUGUGGCAAAUACGAAUUGGUAUUACAAUAUUUCAAACAAGCUACACAUACAUAUAGUAAUAUACAUAGAUAUUAAAACAAAUUUAAUACGUGUACCCUAUUCAAUAUAAUAAAUAAAUGCAACAUACUAUUUACGGA